UCCGGACUUACAGAACCUUCAAUGUCACGUUUGUUGUGAAGAUUUUCAGGCUUUUAAAUGUCUUUAUGAACCUGUAGAAAAUGUUUAAACUCGGCUGUGUGUUAGUCAGUUCUGUGAACACCGCUGGUCGUCAGCUGGCAGCAGCAGUACAUGUAAACGGACCAUCUCUAUGGAGCAGAGCGUUUGUGCUGCAGAGAGCUGCAUGCAGCAGCCUGGUGAAGCAGCAGGAGAAUGAAACAUCUGCAGGAAAGUCUGGGAAGGAGUUCAGCUUCCUGCCCCCCCUGCCCGGCCAGGACAGCCCGCUCCGGUGGGCCGGGAAGAAGUUUGAGGAGCUUCCCAUCCUCCACAUCAAAGCCACGUACAACAACACACACAUCCAGCUGACGGACAGCGCCGGCCUGUCUCUGGUCAGGACGUCCUGCGGCACCGAGGGAUUCAAGAACAUCAAGAAAUCCACGCCCAUCGCGGCUCAGACUGCAGGAAUCUCGGCGGCUGCGAAAGCCACAGCGAAGGGAGUCACAUUCGUCCGUGUCGUCGUCAAAGGAAUCGGUCCUGGACGUCUGGCUGCGAUCAAAGGCCUGGCGAUGGGAGGCCUGGACGUCGUGUCCAUCACCGACGACACGCCCGUCCCUCACAACGGGUGUCGCCCGCGUAAAGCCCGGAGGACGUGAUGCCGGAGGACGCUGUCGUCGAGAUGUGUGAUGCUAAUAAAGUGUUUUGUUGUGCAACUUC